AUGGAAAUCACACAAGUAACCAAUCAAGUUAACACAGAAUUACCCCCAUGUUGUCUGCGGAUUUUUCGUGACAAAUUUGUCCUCGUUGGGACUUAUGAAUUAGAUAAACCAACAGGCAAUAGAACUGGGUCAAUCGAUGUAUAUGAUACUAAUCUUAAACGUCUACACAUAUUCCCUACAUAUGGCGCUAUAUUAGAUUUAAAAUUAAGUCCGUUUGAUGACACUUUGCUGGCAACUGCACAUUCUACAGGCAACGUUAUGCUUUGGAAGAUUGUCACAGAUGAUGGUAAUAACGACUUAACUAUUGAAUUAAUAUCUAAUUUAUUUGCAUUUGAGAAUGAUACACUGAUCACAUCUUUACAUUUUUCUCCAUUAGACCCUAAACUAGUUUGUGUGACUACCACUACUGGUGAAUGUGCUACUUUUGAUAUGGAAACUAACGAGCAGACAUUUAAUGUUAAUAUAGUGAAGGAUAUAUAUUCUAAGAUAGACACCAAAACUGUCUCAGUUCAAGGGAUGGAGGAAUCCGGAAGAGACAUUCUUGUGGAAACAUUUACUGAAUUGCAUGGUCUGGAAUGUUGGACCGCAGAAUUUGGACAAUUAUCACCUUUACAGGAUGUAUUAUUUACUGGGGGUGACGAUUCUACAAUUAUGGCUCAUGAUUUGAGAUCUAAGGAAAAUAUCUGGAGUAAUGGACGGAUUCAUGAGGCUGGUGUUGUUGGAAUCAAAUGUAGUUCUAAGACAUUCAGACACUCCAGACCAACGUCUAUUAUCACAGGCUCUUAUGAUGACCAUAUUAGAAAUCUGGAUCUGAGGAUGUUGGGGGAUUCCAUCUACCCAGGUAGGAAUACGCCUGUAAGUCAAUUAACGAGCAAGAAUCUUGGAGGUGGUGUAUGGAGAUUUUCAGAGACUCCAACUUCAUUGAAGACUGAUUCAGUUGAUAGGUUGAUGGUAUGUUGUAUGUAUGAUGGUGCAAAAAUUGUUACCUUAGAUGAAUCAAAUAAGGAUUCGGAAGAAUAUUUUAAUGUUGAUAAGUUCUUAAUUAAAGGUCAUAAAUCGAUGUGUUAUGGUGGUGACUGGGGUAAUGAUUUCAUUGCGACAUGCUCAUUUUAUGACAAGUCUCUACAAAAAUGGUCUCCAUAA